UGUGUGCGAAAGAGUCAGAAAUCCUGGUGGUGUUGUUAGUUGCACCGAGUUAUGUUGUGUUAGAUGUCACGGUAGAAAGAGACAUAUUUCACUCGCACGAUAAACGUGCGAAACGAAAUGUAAUUAUAUUUAGUGUACAUAUCUUGUUAUAAUAAGUUGUUAGUUAAAACGACAAUGGCAUGGGUACAGCUCGAAGAACGCUUAGGCGUGGCCAUACAUAACUUUACGCACGAUGAUCCCCAUGCGAUGCGAUUAACUGUUGGGGAGGUGAUACAUAUAUUGGAAGAAUGCGGAGAUUGGUAUCACGGACGUAGUAAAUUGAACGGAGCAAGCGGAAUCUUUCCAAAGCCUUACGUACACGUUUUAAAACAAUCGAUGAAUACGGAUUGUUUAAUACACGAAAUUACUAAUGUUCUAAGAGAAUGGGGACAUCACUGGAAGCACCUAUACGUGGUGCACUCGGUGCAUUUCCGAACGAUGCAGCAACAAAUUUUAGAAUUAAUUGGGUACAGAAGCAAAAUUUUAAGUGGCACUUUAACGGUGGACGAGUUAAAAGAUAUGAAGAGAUUGGCAACAGCCAGAAUCGAUACUGGAAAUCAGCUAUUAGGUAUGGACAUGGUUGUCCGCGAUGAACAGGGAAAUGUUCUAAAUCCUGAAGAAACGAGUACGAUUCAGUUGUAUUACCAUCAUGAAACAGCUACGGAAAGAAUAAGAAAGGCGGCUAACGAUACUAAACAGAAAUCGUCGAAACCACAAGCGCCAGUGUACUCGCACAUAUUUUUUGUUAGCGUAAGAAAUUUUGUGUGUAAAAUGGCUGAGGACGUAGAGUUAUUAUUGACUCUGUACGAUGGAAAAGAGAUGAAAGCGAUCACAGAAAAUUAUGUGGUAUCGUGGAGCAAAGAGGGACUCGCACGCGACAUAGAUCAGUUGCACAACCUCCGAGUCUUGUUCACGGAUCUCGGUUCUCGAGAUUUAGCCAGAGACAAGGUUUACUUAGUUUGUUACGUGAUCAGGAUCGGAGGUAUGGAAGUUAAAGUCAUCGACCACCGGCGUUCGAGCGUAACGCAAGUUAGUCAAAAGUCGAGAAACACCGAAAACAUGAGGAGGCCGUUUGGUGUAGCGGCAAUGGAUAUUACAGCGUACAUCACUGGAAGACUUGAAGGCGAUUCUGAUCAUCAUCACUUUAUUCCUUUCGUACAUUCGGAUGAAAGAAUUCGUUUUGUCGGGCUCCUUUCAUUUCGUUCCAGAUGUUGUGAGAAAGAAAGUUUAGACGGCACGUUACGUAGGAUUCUCUCUCAGAAAGAGAUAAAUAUCCAAAAAAGUGGUAAUGGAAGCAAUGGCAACUUCGCCGGUGUUCAAGGUUUAUGGGCCAGUUUAAAGUUACUCAGAGGAGAUCCGAAACAAGUACGCGAUGAAAAUCCACAUUUAGUGCUUGGUAAUGUUGCCAUUGCUAGGAAAAUGGGAUUCCCAGAAGUCAUAUUACCAGGCGACGUUAGGAACGACUUGUAUCUGACAUUGAUAAGCGGUGAAUUUAAUAAAGGGUCAAAGUCUACGGAUAAAAAUGUUGAAGUUACGGUCAAAGUAUGUAACGAGGGUGGCGUGCCAAUACCAGGAGUUAUCAAAUUGGGCGGUGGAGCAUCGAUGAUCGAUGAAUAUCGCAGCGUUAUUUAUUAUCACGAAGACAAGCCAAGAUGGUGUGAAACAUUUAAAAUUGCUGUUCCUAUCCAGGAAUUCAAACAGGCGCACCUGAAAUUUACAUUUAGACACCGCAGUUCGAACGAAGCAAAGGAUAAAUCCGAGAAACCUUUCGCUUUAAGUUACGUUAAACUGAUGCAACGUAAUGGUACAACCUUGCAAGAUAUUCAGCACGAGCUGCUAGUUUAUAAGUUGGACCAGAAAAAGUACGAAGAGGCUGAUAUAUCCUAUUUGAAAUUGCCAUCGACGAGGGGUGAAUUGAUGGAAUUGAACGUUGAGAAGAAACCAACGGUGGGUGCACUUACCUUAAGCAGCAAAGAUAACUUUUUGAUCGCGAGCAAUAUUUGUUCAACAAAGUUGACACAGAACGUAGACUUGUUAGGUUUAUUGAACUGGGCAUCGCACAAUACAGAUUUAAAAGAAUCUUUGAUCGCCUUAAUGAAAGUUGACGGUGAGGACGUGGUAAAGUUCUUACAGGAUGUUUUGGACGCUUUGUUCAAUAUACUAAUGAGCAAUUCCGAUAGUGACGUUUACGACGACAUGGUCUUUGAAUGCUUAUUGUACAUUAUUGGCCUCGUAUCCGAUAGAAAAUAUCAACACUUUCAACCAGUAUUGGAUCUGUACAUUUCCGAGAGUUUUUCUGCAACGCUUGCGUACAAAAAAUUAAUUGCAGUAUUACGUAAACGCAUAGAUAACGCGACCAACAAUGGUUCACAAGAACGCGACAUACUCCUGAAGACUAUGAAGAGUCUACAAUAUUGUAUGAGAUUUAUCGUUGAAUCUCGCCUUCUAUUCAUUGCGCUAAAUCAAGACGAAGAAGAGUUUUCUCAAACUUUAACCGAAUUGCUGAGAUCGAUUGUCGAACUGAUGAGGCAUGAAACAGACAGUACUUUGUUAGUUCAAGGAGCGUGUCUUAAAUAUUUGCCUGCUACUAUACCUCAUCUGCUACGAGUAUACAGCGGGAAGCAAUUGAGCACGAUCCUGACCGAUUUAUUAGUUACACUGCCAGUAGGAAGAUUGACCAAACAGAAAAUGAUGACAGUAAAUGAUAUGAUUCAUAGUCCUCUUUUUUUGAACACGGAUUGCAGGGCGAUUCUGUUACCUAGAAUCAUUAUUUUGGUUCGCGAUUUAUUGGAAGCUAAGGAAGAGGGGCUGUCAAGUACGCCUGGAAAAAGCGUGGCGAAGGUAGCCAGGCUGCUCGGCGAAAAUCGACAUCGACUCAACCAGCACCGUGGCUUCGGCGAAGAGGUAGAAUUGUGUGUCAAGAUUUUAUCUGAUAUAUUGGAACUAACAUUUAGAAAGGACAUAGGAAGCACUGUGCAGGACGUGAAAGAAAUUAUGCUCACCGCUCUACGAACGAUUAUACAAACUGUUAUAUCUAUGGACAGAGAAAACCCAUUAGUGAGAAAUUUAGUUUCAGUUAUGCUUGCCAUAUUUAGGCAAAUGACGCAGCAUCAUUAUGAAAUUUAUAUAAAUCACUUUCGAACCAAGUUCGAUUUACUCGAUUUUCUUAUGGAAAUUUUAUUGGUAUUCAAAGAUUUAGUGUCGAAAAGCGUAUUUCCAGGAGAUUGGUGCGAGAUGAUUAUGCUUCAGAACAGCAUAAUUUUAAAAUCGCUACGCUAUUUCUCAGGCACUAUCAGAGAUUAUUAUUUCACUGACUUUGAACAACAAGCCUGGUCUAAUUUUUUUCAUUGUACAAUCGCGUUCUUAACUCAACCGGCUUUGCAGUUAGAAACUUUUACAACGUCGAAACGCAAUCGAAUUGCAACGCGUUAUAACGAUAUGCGCAGGGAAACUGCGUUUGAAAUACGGUCGAUGUGGUUUAAUUUAGGGCAAUACAAAAUAAUGUUCGUUCCGGCUUUGGUCGGGGCGAUUUUGGAAAUGGCGUUAAUUCCAGAGAGUGAACUGAGGAAAGCAACCAUUCCUAUAUUUUUCGAUAUGAUGCAAUGCGAAUUUUAUAGUUCACGCAUGGUUGAAGGGUACGGCGAUACGAAACGCGAACCUACUCACAUAAAAGCUAAUUUUACAGAAUAUGAAAAUGAGAUGAUCGCAAAAUUAGAUAUAUUGGUUGAGGGCGGCAGAGGAGAUGAACAAUUUCGUUUACUUUGGAUUCAAGUAAUGGGAAAUCUUUGCGACAAACACUCUACCUUGCGAGAUCAAGGACUGCGUUUCGUGGACACAGUAGCUAAACUUAUGGAACGUCUUUUACAGUAUCGUGAUAUCAUGCACGCAGAGUCUCAGGAACAUAGAAUGUUGUGUAUCGUAAAUCUGCUGGAAUUUUAUUCCGAAAUAAAUAGAAAAGAAAUGUAUAUCAGAUACGUGAACAAGCUUUGCGAGCUGCAUUUAGAAUGCGACAAUUAUACUGAAGCUGCGUAUUCUUUGAAACUCCAUAGUCAGUUGUUAGAGUGGAGCGACCGGCAAUUACCACCGCUUUUGAAAUCGCACAGAUAUUUGUCCUGUCAAACGCAUCGGGAACUAAAAGAGGCAUUAUACAACGAUAUGAUCGCAUAUUUUGACAAAGGUAAAAUGUGGGAGUGCGCGCUCGCAGUCUGUAAAGAGUUAAUUGAACAGUACGAGAAAGAAACGUUCGAUUAUCUACAACUUUCUGUAUUGCUGAGACGCAUGGCUACGUUUUAUGACGCGAUCGUUAAACAAUUGAGGCCCGAACCCGAAUACUUUAGAGUAGCGUAUUACGGUCGCGGUCAUCCGGCGUUUUUACAAAAUAAGGUAUUUAUUUAUCGUGGGAAAGAAUACGAACGUCUCAGCGACUUUUGUUCACGGACGUUGAAUCAGUUACCAAACGCGGAACAAAUGAAUAAGUUGUCUCCUCCUACAUCGGAAAUGCUAGAAUCUAAUCAUCAAUACGUCCAAAUUAACAGGGUGGAUCCGUUAAUGGAUGAGAAAAAGCAACGAUUUAGUGGAAAACCUAUAACAGCAGAAGCAGUGUUAAGGUAUCAUCGAGUAAACGAUGUACAACGUUUCCGUUUUUCGAGACCAGCGCCAAAGAAAGAUUUGAUUUUGAGUAACGCUAAUUCUAGCGAUAAGGAAAAGGAAACGUCGACGAAUACGAUUAGCAAUAACGAGUUCGCCUCGUUGUGGCUCGAAAGAACGAUACUCGUAACAAGUCAUCCUUUACCGGGUAUUCUUCGAUGUUUUCCAGUCACGUCCAGUGAAACCUACUUAGUGAGCCCUCUCCGCAAUGCGAUUGAAACGAUGGAAGCUAGCAAUACUGCAUUGAGAGAUUUAAUUUUGGCUCACAAAGCUGAUAAUAAUCUUCCGUUAAAUCCGCUUAGUAUGAAACUGAACGGUAUACUGGAUCCGGCGGUGAUGGGCGGUAUAGAUAAUUAUGAAAAAGCGUUUCUCAAUCCCGAGUAUCGCGCUUCGCACCCGGAGGAGAAUUCCGACCUUUCGAAACUGGAGGGAUUAAUCGCCGAGCAAAUACCGUUGUUAGGGGUCGGCGUGCAGUUGCACAAGCUACGUGCUCCCCCUGAAUUGACUCCGUUCCAUCAACGUCUCGAAGUAUGUUUCGCGUCGAUGAAAAGUCAAGUCGAGGCCAAGUAUGGGAAAAAGACAUGCGACUUACAAGUCGAAAGUUUAUCGCAACCCGUUACAAUGCGAAGGCAUCAAGCUUCGAGAGGCGAGACUCACCGAUUAUCCGAAUCGAAUAUCAGCAAUACUGACUGUGGCACUCACUCCAGGGUAUCCUCUCUUACAAGAUCCCAAGUCGCAACGUUCAAGUCGCUCGCCUCAUUCAAUUUUAACAACAACAGUACAGCUUCGCCUGGUACUCAAAGUGUCAACUUGUCAAGGAACUCAUCGAUACGUUCGCAUAUAUUGUCGACGGCAUCUCUGCAGAAAGCGCUCGGAAGCCCGAAUCCGGGAACGAAUAAGAAGAAGGAUUCGAAGCGAAGAAGCGCUCGUAAAAGUGAUUCGGCUUCGUCAACGAAAAGCGAUCAACCGACCAGUCAAUGGUACACUACUACGGACGUGUCGCAAAUUAUAUCGACCCCCGUCACACCGCUGAUAUCAAGCUACCCUACUAGUCCGAUCUUCGAACUUCGUCAAGAGUUGACACCAACGCGUCCAUUAAGAUCGGAGGUAGAAAAGGAAAGAAGAAUAAGCAAUCGUUUGUCUGGACAGUCUCAGCAUUACUUGAGGAAUAUAAACAACGGACUAGAUUCUGGCAGUUUAGGAAAGGGGAAUCGAGAUAGUAUCGGUACCACGGAUAGCACGACAUCCGAGGACGAUCCGCCACCGCCCCUACCUGUGAAAACUCGCGAAGCUGAUUAUUGCAAUCUACCGGAAGAGUUACCCGUUCAACAUUGCGGAACAGGUAUUUCGAACAAUAUUAAUCGAUCCCUAGGACAGUGGUCGAAAAACAAACUUCCCACCCCUACAGAAGAUCUUGACGUUCAAACAAAACCCCCCACGCCACCGCCGAAACCAAAAAGACCACCAUAUAGUUUAAACAAAGUUACGCUCUGCUCGGAUGUAGAUAAUUUUAGUCAAGAUCCGUCCGUAACUUGAUUCGAAUUAUUUCACGUUCGUGCCCCUUGCCGGUAUACUGUACUGAUGAUUGAACAGACGUCUAGCUCUAUACAGUGGGACACUAAAAAGUUACCAUUUACACUGGUUUGCACCGUACCUUUCUCUUUUUUUAUAUUUUUUUUUCGCGCAAUUAGAAAAGUAUCUAUCGUCGUAACUAGAAGUAACAGCGAGACAUGCUUAGAUCUAUUUUCAGUAACAUGACAAAUAUCGAGAUGAAAUUGUACAGAUUUGCCUUCAUUCCAUCCAUGAAACAAAACUUUUGGAUGAAUUUUAUACGUAUACCUACAUAUGUAUCGUUAUCGGACACAAUGAGAACGUAAAAAUUUUUAUACUUUUGCGAGUGGAAAAUAUCAGCUAUAGAAAUUUUACACUCGAUAUUUUUUAAUAUAUAUUUAUACAUGUACAAAUUUGAUAUACAUACCUAUAUCCUCCUAUUUGUUCGUCUUGACUAGUACGGACAUCGCGCCUAUUUACUAAUGCCAUGCGGAUAUCGGAGUCUUUCAUUUAUAAGACUUUGUACUCAUCGUACAGGACGUAUUUAAUACACGCGUGUAUAAGCUACGCAUAAUAUGCUUAUUAAGAAACGGAUAAUGUUUAACGCGUAUUUUUAUAGAUUUUUACAGUACACGUUUAUAGGACUUUCUCGUAGUAUAGUAAUUUUUGUAGCAAUUUUUGAACAAACUUUACUGUUAUCGUUGUUAAUCUUUUUUAAUACAGGUAAGUCUAACUUUAGAAAACUGUUUUGAAAUUUUAAAUAUUUUUCUUAACAACUGUUUGCUUCCGAUUUUCGAUUUUUACAAUGCGUUGUUAUUAACAUCUAAACUAUUAUCAAUGUAUCGUGAAAUGUUCUGUUUUUAAGGAAUAUUUAAAGUAACGAAUUUUAUAGGAGCUUUAAGUGAAAAGGAACGAACGAAUUAAUUUCACGCAUAGACAGUAUAAAAUAGUUCGUUUAUUAUACCUCUGUACAACAUCGAGAUACAGAUCAAUUUUAAUGAAACAAAUUUGUGUACGUCCUCGCGCAAUUAUACAAAAUUGUUAUAAAGCACUAUACACAGUUUGACUGCCACGGAAUUUCUACGUAUUAAACGCAUGACAAGUACAUAUAGUAAAAAAAACUACCAA